AGGACAGCCAUAUGCAUCCAGUCCUACACUUCAACUUCAGCGCAAGACAUCGCUACAAAGUGUGUAAGCCGGUAUCCUCAAUAAUAUCGUACUUGCUGAUAUGGUUCUCAAUAGAUUGAGAAUAGCCAAUGACGUCGUUGGUAUGGUCGCCGCCAUCGUGACGCUCGCAAUUCUCUGGCGCAAGCUAUAUGUUGAACAUAGACCAGCCAUUGCUAAUCUCCUGUCAACGAGAAAUCCGUCGCUUGCUGCGUUGCUACUCAGAGACGGCACGAUUCAACUGACAGCACUACUAUUACUGGACUUACUAGUGACCAUAUUGGAAUUCAUGAACUUCAGUGCUGCAAAUGUUGUCGCUUAUUUAUUGGACUCAUAAUCUCCGGUCCUGAUCUCUCGUGUCCUCCUCAAUAUCCGAGCCGCAGCACGCUCCACACGCGGAGAACAGUCCCAAACACCCUCUUUCGUACGGUC